AAUAAAUAAGUAAAUAAAUACAUUCCAGUCUAUUUUUCGUUUCAGAUGUUGUUCCUCUCCAAAGGCCAGAUUCAUCCGGCUACAAAAGGCAUAUUGAAAUAAAAUUUCAAAUAAUAAAGGAUCCUAAUUCUCGUCUUGGUGAAUAUUUGCAUCUAAAUGAGAGAUACUCAAAACUAAUCAUCAUAGAUUAUCAUCGAUCUGAAAAAGCAAGAGGGCAUGAAAUUUGGGCUUCGGGAAAGAAACAUGCUGAAAUCAUGAAUACGAGAUCCAGUUCUUCUGCCACCAUUGAAAAUCUAUUUCACCCUGACAAACAUGGACUAAUUCCACAAGUGGUUGUGUUGCAAGGAGCUGCAGGAAUCGGCAAGACCAUGACAGCAAGAAAAAUUAUGCUUGAUUGGGCCUCUGAGCACCUUUAUCAGGACAUGUUUAACUACAUUUUUUAUAUUCAUUGCAGGGAGAUGAACCUCCAUGCAGACUCAGAGAAGAGUAGUAUUGUGGAAAUAAUUUCUAAACAAUGGCCCAACAGUCAUGCAACGAAAAACACAAUUCAAGAGAUACUGAAUGAUCCAGAGAAGCUCCUGUUUAUAAUUGAUGGGUUUGAUGAAUUAAGAUUUUCAUUUGAUCAGCCUGAAGCCCAGCUUUGUACUGACCCUUGGAAGAAGGAGCCAGUGAGAAUCCUUCUGAGCAGUUUAUUUAAAAAAAAGCUUCUUCCUGAAUCCUACCUCCUAAUCACAACAAGACCCACAGCUUUAGAGCCUCUCAGUCGUUGCUUGGAGUGCUCGCGUUGUGCUGAGAUUUUGGGAUUUUCAGUGGAGGACAGGGUGGACUUCUUCCACAGAUUCUUUCAGGAUGAAGAACAAGCAAAGCUAGCUUUUGGACUUGUAAAACAAAAUGAUACCCUUUUUACCCUGUGCGUAAUUCCCCUUGUGUGUUGGAUUGUCUGCACUGUGAUGAAACAAGAGAUGGAGAGAGGCAAGGAUCUCCAGAAGACACCCUACACCCUCACUGCAGUCUAUAUGCUGUAUCUCUCCAGUUUGUUAAAGUUUCACCAUAAAGAAUCCAAGCAGGAUGUCCGAAUAAAUGUGAAAGGCUUGUGCUCUUUGGCUGCAGAAGGACUCUGGAAACAGGAAAUACUCUUUACGGAAGAAGAUGUCAAGAAGCACUGUUUAAAUCAGGAAGAUUCCCUCCCCCUCUUUCUGAAUGAGAGCAUCUUUCAAAGGGACAUUGAUUGUAUUCAAACCUACAGCUUCAUUCACUUAAGCUUCCAGGAGUUUUUUGCUGCUUUGUUUUAUGUUCUCGAAGAGGGAGAGGAGCAGCAUUCUGAAAAUCUUAAUGAAAAUUUGCAGACGCUAUUAGAACAGGCUCUACAUGACAGGAUUGAUUUAACAGUGACAGUUCGCUUCCUCUUUGGUUUUUUAAGUGAAGAAAAAAGAAUGACACGGUUAAAACAAGAAUUUGGAUGGAAAAUUUCUCCUAAGAAUAAAGAGUUCUUAUUAGACUGGGUGAAAAAUAACAUUAAAAAAAGGGGAAUUCGUUCCUGUCUAGAGGAAGGAAUAUUUCAUUAUUUAUAUGAGACACAAGAUGACAAUUUUGUAAAAAAUGCGUUGUAUGAUGUGACUGCAAUAGAUUAUAAAUGCCACUCAAUUAUGGAGCUGAUGAUCCUGGUCUAUUGUGUACAACACUGCCAGAAUUUGGAGGAUUUCAUGAUUGGAGGCUCUGUAUUUGCAUUGAUAGAGGAAAAACUAUUUCCACUACAAAAUGAGGAAUGGAGUUUACGGGAAAGAUAUAUGGAAGACUUCUUUAAAGCACUGACAGAGCUGAGAAAAUUAAUAACACUGAGAUUUUGGGGAUGGCCCUUAAUAGAGUCCUUCAGCAGGCAGCUUGCUGAAGUCCUCAGAAAAAAACAGAAUUUGAGAAACUUAGAGCUGCGGUUCGACCGUAGAGAUGACAGAGCAAUGGAACUGGUGUGUGAGGGGCUGCAACAUCCAGACUGUAAAGUGGAGAAACUAAGGCUUCAUGGAAUAUGUCUGACCAAUUCCUACAGCAGGCAUCUUGCAGAAGUACUCAGGAAAAAUCAGAGAUUGAGAGAGUUAAUAUUGUACCUCUACACAUCAUAUGAGGAAGCUGUGGAAAUGGUGCUUGAGGGGCUGCAACAUCCAGAAUGUAAGGCAGAGAAACUAAGGCUUGAUGGAGAAUUCAUCACUGCAUCCUGCAGCAGGUAUUUUGUAGAAGUACUGAGGAAAAAUCAGAGAUUGAGAGAGUUAAAAUUGUCCUCUUCCACGACAUUCAACACAGCAAUGGAAAUGAUGUUUGAGGGGAUGAAACAUCCAGACUGUAAAGUAGAGAAUCUAUGGCUUGAGGGAGAAUUCAAUGCUGAAUCCCGAAGCAGGCAUUUUGCAGAAGUACCCAGGAAAAAUCAGAGAUUAAGAGAGUUAAUAUUGUACCUCAGCAAAUCAGAUGAGGACGCUGUGGAAAUGCUGUUUGAGGGGCUGAAACAUCCAGACUGUAAAGUAGAGAAACUUUUGCUUAAUGGAGAAUUCCUCACUGCAUCCUGCAGCAGGCAUUUUGCAGAAGUACUGAGGAAAAAUCAGAGAUUAAGAGAGUUAAAAUUGUACCACUGCCAAUCAGAUGAGAAAGCUGUGGAAAUGCUGUUUGAGGGGCUGAAACAUCCAGACUGUACAGUAGAGAAACUAUGGCUUGAUGGAACGUUCCUGACUGAAUCCUGCAGUGGGCAUUUUCCGGAAGUACUCAGGAAAAAUCAGAGACUGAGAGAGUUAAAAUUGUCUUUCUACAAAUCAGAUGAGAAAGCUGUGGAAAUGCUGUUUGAGAGGCUGAAACAUCUUGACUGCAAAGUAGAGAAACUAUGCUCAGAUGGCAAAAGUGUGGAAAUGAUGUUUGAGGGGCUGACACAUCCUGAAUGUAAAGUAGAGAAACUAUGGGUUGAUGGAAUAUUCCUGACCGAAUCCUGCAGGAGGCAUUUUCUGGAAGUACUCAGGAAAAAUCAGAGAUUGAGAGAGUUAAAAUUGUCUUUCUACAGCUCAGAUGGCAAUGGUGUUGAAAUGAUGUUUGAGGGGCUGAAACAUCCCGACUGUAAAGUAGAGAAACUCUGGGUUGAUGGAACAUUCCUGACCGAAUUCUGCAGCGGGCACUUUCUGGAAGUACUCAGGAAAAAUCAGAGACAGAGAGAGUUAAAAUUGUCUUUCUACAGCUCAGAUGGCAACGGUGUUGAAAUGAUGUUUGAAGGGCUGAAACAUCCCGACUGUAAAGUAGAGAAACUAUGGCUUGAUGGAGAAUUCUUUGAUGAAUCCUGUGGCAGGGAUUUUGCCGAAGUACUCAGCAAAAAUCAGAGAUUGAGAGAGUUAAUAUUGUACCUCAACAAAUCAGAUGAGAAAGCUGUGGAAAUGCUGUUUGAGGGGCUGAAACAUCUUGACUGCAAAGUAGAGAAACUGUGGCUCGAUGGAACAUUCCUGACCGAAUCCUGCAGCGGGCAUUUUGCAGAAGUACUCAGCAAAAAUCAGAGAUUGAGAGAGUUAAAAUUGCCCCUCUUAAACACUGAUGACAGAGCAAUGGAAAUGCUGUGUGUAGGGCUGAAGCAUCCAGACUGUAAAGUAGAAAAACUAUGGCUUAAUGGAGACAUCCAUGCUGAAUCCUGCAGCAGGCAUUUUGCAGAAGUACUCAGCAAGAAUCAGGGAUUCAGAGAGUUAAAACUGUCCCUCCACAAAACCGAUGACAGAGCAGUGGAAAUGCUGUGUGAGGGACUGAAACAUCCAGACUGUAAAGUAGAGAAACUAUGCCUUGAUAGAACCUUCCUGACUGAAUCCUGUGGCAGGCAUUUUGCAGAAGUACUGAGGAAAAAUCAGAGAUUGAGAGAGUUAAAAUUGUCCCUCUGCAACACCGAUGAUGGAACAAUGGAAAUGCUGUGUGGGGGGCUGAAACAUCCAGACUGUAAAGUAGAGAAACUAUGGCUUGAUGGAAUAUUCCUGACCGAAUCCUGCAGCAGACAUUUUGCAGAAGUACUCAGCAAAAAUCAGAGAUUGAGAGAGUUAUUAAUGCACCUCGACAGAUCGGAUGAGAAAGCUGUGGAAAUGCUGUGUGAAGGGCUGAAACAUCCAGACUGUAAAGUAGAGAAACUAUGGAUUGGUGGAGCGUUCUUGAAGGAAUCCUGUGGGAGACACAUUGCAAGAGUUCUCAGAAUAAACCAGACACUGUGUGAAUUAUAUUUAUAUGAUGAGUCCAUUAGUGACAUUGAGGAGAAGCUGCUGUGUGAAGAACUAAAACAUUCAGGACAUAAAUUAAAGAACCUAUGGUUGAAUGAAAAAUGGAUUAGAUGGAAUGGAGAGUGGAAUGACAAGGACCACACGGCUAGAGCCUCCAGUGUAGAUGCUG